CACAGUGCUCCAGAAAAGAAAGGAAAAGGAAAAAAGACGCGUCGUCCAGAGGAGAAGAAUCCCUUAUUUAAAUUGGUUCCGGGGGGCGGGGAGAUGAAAAAUAAAAGCGCACGAAGAAGGCAGUAACGGAAAGAGAGGGAGAGUAGGGUUUGAGUGAAAGCCAUGGCUAUCGAAUGCCUCGUCCUCGGAAGGUGCUGGGCAGGAAGUUGGGAAAAGCUGUGUGGUAGUCACAAUCAACGGCAAACGGAUAAUGUUCGAUUGUGGAAUGCACAUGGGCUAUGAUGAUCAUCGUCGCUACCCUGACUUCUCUCUCAUCUCUAAAUCCAGAGAUUUUGACCAUUCCCUCCACUGCGUCAUCAUCACUCACUUUCAUUUGGAUCAUGUCGGUGCUCUUCCUUACUUCACUGAAGUUUGUGGUUAUAAUGGACCUAUUUACAUGACGUAUCCUACAAAGGCACUAGCUCCUUUGAUGCUGGAGGAUUUUAGGAAAGUGUUGGUUGAUAGAAGGGGUGAGGAAGAGCAAUUUACUUCUCUUCAUAUUUCACAAUGCAUGGAAAAAGUCAUAGCAGUGGAUCUGAAGCAGACUGUGCAGGUUGAUGAUGAUCUUCAGAUCCGUGCCUAUUAUGCUGGACAUGUUCUUGGAGCUGCAAUGUUUUAUGCAAAGGUGGGAGACAGUGCUAUGGUGUACACUGGAGACUAUAAUAUGACCCCAGAUAGACACCUGGGAGCAGCUCAAAUUGAUCGACUUGAACUAGACCUCCUUAUAACAGAGUCUACAUAUGCAACAACUAUCCGUGAUUCAAAGUAUGCUCGAGAAAGGGAAUUUCUCAAGGCUGUCCAUGAAUGUGUUGCUGGAGGAGGAAAGGUGCUUAUUCCUACAUUUGCGCUUGGAAGAGCUCAGGAACUCUGUAUAUUGUUGGAUGACUACUGGGAGCGUAUGAAUCUCAAGGUUCCUAUAUACUUCUCAGCUGGUUUGACCAUUCAAGCAAAUAUGUAUUAUAAAAUACUUAUCAGCUGGACCAGCCAGAAGGUCAAGGAGACAUAUGCUACACGGAAUGCAUUUGAUUUUAAACAUGUUCACAAUUUUGAUCGUUCUCUGAUAAAUGCUCCUGGACCUUGUGUUCUCUUUGCCACACCUGGGAUGAUUAGUGGUGGAUUUUCACUUGAGGUUUUUAAACAAUGGGCUCCUUGUGAAAUGAAUCUUAUAACAUUGCCUGGAUAUUGUGUGGCUGGAACUGUAGGGCAUAAAUUGAUGUCGGGUAAACCUACUAAAAUUAAUUUGGACAAGGACACCCAGAUUGAUGUGCGAUGCCAGAUUCACCAAUUGUCUUUCAGUCCUCAUACAGACAGCAAAGGAAUCAUGGAUCUUACCAAAUUUCUCUCGCCUAGGAAUGUGAUAUUGGUACAUGGUGAGAAGCCUAAAAUGGUUUCUCUUAAAGAAAGAAUACAGUCUGAACUGAGAAUUCCAUGUUAUCUUCCAGCCAAUUGUGAUACUGUGCACAUUCCUUCGACUAUCUAUGUGAAAGCACAUGCCUCAAACACAUUUAUCCGCAGUUGCUUGAAUCCUAAUUUCAGGUUCUUAAAAAGAAGUAAAGAAGACAAUUCUGAUCAAGUUUUAAGAAACACAAAUCCCACUGCCCCACUGCAGGUAAAUGAUGAAAGAGUUGCUGAAGGGAUCUUGAUUAUGGAAAAAGGCAAAAAAGCAAGGGUUGUGCACCAAGAUGAUCUACUGCUCAUGUUGAGACAGAAGAAGCACGAUGUUCAGUUUGCGUAUUGUUGUGCAGCACAACUUGACAACUUGGAAGAGACUAGAAACAGAGAUGAUGCUCUUGGUCUUUCCGACAAGUGCUCUAGCCUUCAGCUAUUGUUUAAAGAACUUUCAAAUUAUUUUUCUGGAGUAAACAUCCAAGAUCUUGGGGAACAUCUUCAGGUGGAGUCAUUUCAUGUGUCUGUCUGUGUGAAGGACAACUGCCCAUACAGAAUAAUUGAUGAUUCUCAAAAAGAAGCAGCGACAGUAUAUUUUUGCUGCAGUUGGUCUGCAGCAGAUGAAAAGCUUGCCUGGGAGAUCAUUUCAGCCAUGGAAAGAUUCAGUUUAAUUGACAAUUUACCAUGCAGAAAUUCCAUUUCAAGGACAAAUUGAUAGGUGUGCUGCCCUGUCGCACAUCCAUUUACUCAAGAACUCCGUGAACUGUGUAUCUAGAAGAGUCUCAAUCCUGCUCCUGUGUGCAACAUUUCAUGACUUAUCUGACAGAGGAAUUGGCUGCUUUUUUAUGAUCCAAGAGCUAGUUUUUUCCAGCUUUCCACUUUACUGGAAUAAGGGUAUUGUAUGAGCUGAGACUUUUGAAGCAUACCAAUUUCCAUCCCAUACUGACAUGGAAUUUGAAUUUUGACAAUUAGCAUUCUGUGCUUGAAGCAGCGGUGUGAAAGCAAAAGCAAAAGGAUGGCUGAUUAGUUUUCUUACAUGUCAAUCGAUGAAAAGGGAAUUUUUUGAAGCUGAAAUUGCAUUGGUGGUCAUGAUACAUGUACUGUGAAAAGGACUUUGUUGGCGGAAAUGCUUUAGAAGGGAUUGUGGCAGUCCAGAGACCAGCAGGGUGAUACCAGCCUUGUGUGCUAUUUGAAUCUUGAGCUGCAUUCAAUUUCAUAUUCUCUCCCUGUUUCUUC